GAGGUAGAAAUUUCCAUAUAUUUAGUCCGUAUUCGGAGUACUCAGAGUAAAUUUUUAUGUUCUCUGAGAAUCCAAUAUGGCAGCUCCCUGAAACAAACGUGUUUCACUUCGUACGAUUUGCACCAUGGGUUUGUAUAAUGAGGCAGCUGACAUUAUCAGAAAAGUGAAGGCUAAGGAAUCUUCAGUAAAAACGCUUGUCCUUUCUAAGAGCACAUACCCGAACAAGAAACAGUUGUAUGCACUGGUCUGUGAGACUUUAAAGAACACAGAGUUAUUGAAGAGGAUUGAAGAUAAAUUAGAUCUGCUAAAGAAGGAAGAUAUUCUUGAUGGAAAUGAGGACUUACUACAUGUCUUGCUGUAUGAUCAGCUCAUUGGCCGGGGUAUCAAGGGAGCACACAGUUACAGGAUUGCUAUACAGCGUUACCGCUCAGUGUUGAAAGCUGAAUUCAAGAAACUUCAGGCUGAAGAUCAGGCUGAACUGAAGACAGUCAGAACAAACGAUCUUCCUCGCUAUGCCCGUGUGAAUCUGUUAAAAACAACAGUUACUGAGGUGACUGCAGCAUUAGAGGAAGAUGGUUGGAGAUUGCUGGUUGACAGGAGGACAGAAGCAGUGCAGACAAAGUCAGACUCUUUGAGAUUUGCAGAUGUGGUGUCCAAGUUAUCAGAAGGUGAGUUCAUGCUGGACCCUGAUAUCCCUGACUUAGUUGUGUUCCCACCACACACUGACCUUCAUGACCACCGACUAUUUGUGUCUGGGGAGAUAAUCCUGCAGGACAAGGCCAGUUGUUUCCCGGCCCAUAUUUUGUCUCCACCAGAGGGCGCUGCUGUCAUUGACUGUUGUGCAGCACCUGGUAACAAGACAAGCCACAUUGCAAGCUUGAUUCAAAACAACGGAAGAAUCUUUGCCUUUGACAAGAAGAAAGCACGAUUGUCGACGAUGGAGAGGCUGCUUUCAAAAGCUGGGGUAACCUGUGCAACCAUACAACACCAGGAUUUCUUACAAGUCAAAGCUAAUGACCCAGUUUAUAAGGACGUAGGCUACAUUUUGGUAGACCCAUCAUGUAGUGGAUCGGGGAUGGUAAAUCGUCUGAAUGAAAAGAUAGAAGAUUCUCAGGAACGUUUGACCAGUCUGUCACAUUUCCAGAUUUCCAUUUUAAAACACGCUUUGAGCUUUCCUGGUAUACAGCGUGUGGUCUACUCAACUUGUUCCAUACACCAAGAGGAAAAUGAAAUGGUUGUGGAUGAAGUUAUGUCUCAGUUUAAGGGAAAGUUCUUUCUAAAGGAAGUGUAUCCUGAUUGGACAAAUCGAGGGGUUAAAGGUAACCCCUGCUGGAAGGAGUGCAUUCGAAUGUCACCUGAUCUGGAUUUGACCAAUGGUUUCUUUGUUGCUUGUUUUGAAAGAUCUCUUUGUGAAACUAGAAGUACAACAACAACAACAGACUCUGAGUCGAAGAGCUUUGACCAAAAGCCAAAGAAGAGGAAAAAAAAGUUCAAAGAUUUGGAAAAAGUUACUUCAGCUGAAGAUUACAGUGACUCAACAGUGAUCACAGAACAGGAAUUGCCAAAAAGGAAAAAAAAGAAAUCAAAGAAACACAAACAUGAAAAUGAAAAUCAUUUUGAGAACUUUAGCACCAAGAACUGUAGUGAGGAGCCUGAACCUGAAAGUGUUGUACAUGUAAUGACUAAAUGUAAAAAGCACAAGAAAAAGAAACAUAAGGUUAAAAAAUCAUCUGUUGAGAAAUAAUUAAUCCUUCCAACAGAGAACUGCAGUACAUGUACCAUUUGUAGUUUACUGCUCAGUCAUGUAGCUCAGUCUAGCUGACGUGACCCCUGGGUUCACACUGUUCAGCACAUUUACUUAUUUCAGACAUGAUUUUUUUCCGCUUUUUCUUUGUUCAGUUUCGAUUAAUUUACCUGUUUUCCGCAGAUUUUUCCAGCUUCCGGGGCCCAGGCGGCCCCUGGACCCCAGCCUUUUUGGGCUAUGAUAGUAAAUUUCAGCUAUUUUCUUGGUUCACCACAAUCAUGUCUGUUAUUUGUACAUGUGUAAUGUAUGAGUUUAAGGUAAGCAAUAAAAGGAAUCACUGUUAGAUUUAAAACCUCAUGGUUUCAUUCCGCUCUGAGUUAAGUUUGUUCAGCCUUCUUCCAGGCUAGUCCAGGUGAUAUUAAAUUGUUGGUAUUGCAGAUUUCCUGGUGUUUAUGGCUGUAUUGUGUUUUCAAGUUUAACAAGCCAUGACUGUCACAUAGCAAGGAUCUUGUUUGGGUCUAUAGGCUAAAUUUCUGGCCAGAAAUAGCUAGGUUUGGUGAAAACACAGUUUGACCAAGGAUGGCCCCAAGCCAUUGUCAGAAGGUGCUCCAUGUAACAUGAUGCCGUUGCUGUGGCAGUUUGUCACGAGGGUUGAAACAAAAAUUAUCCAUCAAACUUAUGCAGUUAUCUGCCCUUGUCAAAUGUUGCAGAAUUGCAGAUCAAAAUUAUCUAGAAAACCCUUUCUGUAAGCAUACAUCAACAUUUACCUGGUUUAAUAGAAUUAUUAU